AUGGAUAAAUUGACCAUCAUCUCAGGAUGUCUCCUUCUGGCCGCCAGUAUCUUCGCCAUCGCCAGCAUCGCCAACCCGGACUGGAUCAACACCGGGGAGUCAGCAGCAGCACACACUGUGGGCCUUGUGCGACAGUGUCAGACAAUCCAUGGACGAGACCGGACUUGCAUUCCACCUCGGCUUCCCCCAGAGUGGGUCACCACACUGUUUUUUAUCAUCAUGGGAAUCAUUUCAUUGACUGUCACAUGUGGUUUGCUGGUGGCUUCCCCCUGAUGAAGAGAAGCUACAAAAUAUGCUCGAUGGCUAGCCUUCACUGGAAUGAUCCUUUUCUGUAUGGCUGCCCUAAUAUUUCCAAUAGGAUUUUACAUCAAUGAAGUCAUAAGUCAACCUUAUAAAUCACCCAACAACACAGUAGUUGGGUCAUCAUACAUACUUUUUGUCUUAUCAAUUUUCUUUACAAUAGUAGAACUUCAGUUUGCUGGCAAAGUUUGUUUACCAGGCUGA